AUGUCGACCCCGAAGUCAUCCUCCUCUCUGAUCCCGCCUGAUCCUGCGAAGGUCAUGGUCAUCCGAGACGUGACUCCCAACAUUACAACUCUCAGCGUGCCGUUCGCUCGCUUUGGCCACGUCAAGGUCGGCGGACGUGGGACUCUGGUCAAACUACAAACUGGCAAUGUUGCAGUCUUUUCGCCGGUAGCACUUACACCCGAUGUUAAGAGCAAAGUCAAGUCUCUGGGGACCAUCAAAUAUAUUGUCGCGCCCGAUAUCGAGCAUCAUAUCUUCCUUACGCCCUGGGCUGCGGAAUAUCCUGAAGCUGAGAUCAUUGGAGUGGAGGGCUUGCCAGAAAAGAGAGAGAGCAACUCAGACACCAAAGGAACAAAGUUCCAUCACGUUUUUUCGGCGCAGAACAAACUCGACAUGCGUAUCAGCCCGGAGUUUGACGAGGAGUUUUCCUACGAAUUCAUUCACUCGCAUGUCAACAAGGAACUUGUCUUUCUCCACAAGCCCAGUCGGACGUUGAUCGAAGCCGAUGUACUAUUCAAUCUCCCCGCCACCGAGCAAUAUUCCAAGACAGGGGUGGAUGCUCGUUCAGGAAUUCUCACCAAGCUCUUUGCAGGCAUCAUGAACACCAAAGGAGAUAUGACCUGGCAAAAGCGAUUCCUGUGGUACGCAGCGGGCCGCAAAGACAGGGCCGGAUUCGCCGAGUCAGCCAAGAGGCUUAAGCAAUGGGAUUAUGACAGAAUCAUCCCUUGCCAUGGUGAUGUGAUUGAAACGGGAGGAAAGAGGAUCAUGGACGAGGCAACUGCUUGGUUUACUGAGAGCAAGCGUUGA